AAAGAAAUGGAAAUAUGAUAUGGAUAGUCUUAAUAUUUAGAGUAUUUUAGAGUGUAAUCAAGACCAAAAGCAUAGGUUUAAUGUAUGCAUAUCAAAAGUUUUAGCGGAUUAUAAAAUGAACCAAAUAGGAAUAUUUUUAACCUAUGUAUUAGUUUAUUUAACGAAUGUUUGUUCCGAAACAAAUAUUCCCAUAGUAAUUACUACUUGGUCGUUCACAAAUUCAACGGUUAAAGCUUGGGAAGUUCUAAAUAACGGAGGCACGGCAUUAGAUGCCGUAGAGCAGGGCGCAUCGGUCUGUGAAGACCAACAAUGUGAUGGUACUGUAGGAUAUGGUGGAAGUCCGGAUGAAAACGGAGAAACUACAUUAGAUGCUCUUAUUAUGAAUGGGAGAACUAUGAAUAUUGGAGCUGUGGGUGGGUUGAGAAGGAUCAAACAUGCCAUAUCUGUUGCUAGACAUGUAUUGGACCACACAAAACAUUCCUUUUUAGUUGGUGAGCUUGCCACCCAAUUUGCAGUAGAAAUGGGCUUUCAAGAAGAAUCCCUCACUACCUCUGUAUCAAAAAAACUAUGGAUGAAAUGGCAUAAUGAACAUCAUUGUCAACCAAAUUUCUGGCUGAAUGUCAGUCCAGAUCCCACUCGAAACUGUGGUCCAUAUCAGAAACAUGAGUACUCUCAACAUCUACUUAAGAAGAGCCAUCUUAAUGUGGAUCGGUUCAACCAUGACACGAUAGGUAUGGUGGCUAUUGAUCAACAUGGUGAUAUUGCAGCUGGAACUUCAACAAAUGGUGCUAAAUAUAAAAUACCUGGAAGAAUAGGUGAUUCGCCGAUUCCUGGGUCCGGCGCUUAUGCUGACAAUGAUGUAGGCGGUGCUGCGGCGACUGGCGACGGCGAUGUGAUGUUGCGAUUCCUUCCAAGUUUUUUAACAGUAGAAGAAAUGCGCCGAGGCUCUUCACCUACUGAUGCAGCUAAAACAGCAGUUGCGAGAAUAGCGUCCCAUUAUCCGGAUUUUAUGGGAGCAGUUGUUGCACUGAAGAAUGACGGCGAAUACGGAGCGGCAUGCCACGGAAUAAACACGUUCCCUUAUGUUGUAUACGAUAAAAAACAUAGUUCCUAUCAAAUUGUUAACGUAUCUUGUAGUUAAUUAAUAAUAAUUAAAUAUAAUAAUUGUGUUUUAUGAAUAAAUAUAUAUUUACUACUAGCUUUUGCCC